CCCGGAGCCGCUCGGAAGUUUAAUGCUGCUCAAGAGCGACGGAAAACAGACAUCCAGACAUCUGAGGAAGUUUCACCUGCUGGGUUUGGUGCAGUGAGUUAGGAUGACCUACAAAUGGUUUCUGUUUCUCCCCGGCGGGCUCAUGCACCAAGUUUAGGGUGGGGGGGCGUUCCCCCGUUCUGCCAUGAAAGCCUUCACCCCGCAGCGCACCCGUCACCUGUCCGACUGCGAGCCGCCCCGCUCUCCUGCUCACCUGGGCUACCCGCCAUCCCACACCCCGUUCCUCUUACCGUCAGCCAUGGAUCAUUACGGAGCGCUGGACCCGCACCAUUUCUCCCCAGCGCCGGGUCCCGGAGGCCUGCCGCCCGACUGCCUGAUGCCCCUCAACAAUCAGCUGUCCUCCAGCAGCACCUUCCCCAGGAUCCACUACAACUCACACUUUGACCAGGGCGAGUUCGGGCCCUCGGGAGCCGACAGCAUCGGGGGAAUCAGCACCGGGACCAUGGGCACCUCCAUGUCCAUGGGAAUGGGUCUCGGAGUGGGACGGAACGCCAUGAUCACCAGCGGAUCCGCAACUAUAUCUGGGGCAGGAAAGAUGAACCGGUUGCCACCGAAUCUCCUGGACCAGUUCGAAAAGCAGCUACCAGGCCAGCAGGACGGAUUCAGCACGUUACAGUUUCAUCGCAGCACCGCAGUCACAACGACAAAACAGCAGCAACAACAGCGCACAGACAGCCCGGGAAAAAUACGCUACUUAGUUCACUCAGUCCAGAAACUUUUCGCUAAGUCCCAGUCGCUAGAAAACUCCGCCAUCAAAGCAAACAUGAACGGUCGCAACAGCAGAUCAUCGAGCAGCGAUGACAAACACCACAGGAGCAAAAGCAAAGAUCGGGCGAAGAGCGAAGGAGCGGCCAAACGAAGGCCCAGAUCUAAUAUGUCCGGAUACUGGAGCUCUGACGACUUGGAUAGUGAUAUAAGUAACUAUAGAAACCCCAUGGCCAUGAUGACUUUAGGGCGGCAAGGUGUGGGAUCUAGACCGGGUCCGGACAGUCAGGUGGCAUCUAGGUACUACAUGCAGGGCUACAGCACUAUUAGCGAGCACACGUUGAAAUCCUCAAAGAGUAACAGUGACCUGAAGCACCAUCCGCUCCCUGCACUCCCGGCUCCUGGAGGGGUCGGAGGAGGGAGAGCGCAGAUGUUUGAUGGGAACUUUGGUAAAGCGGGACCCUGGUCCACGCUUACUUUAGGGCCCACCAGACAAGUGUGCCAGAAGGGGUCGGCCACGCUGGAUCGCACCCUGCUGAAGUCUAAAUCCGUCCAGCAGGAUCUGGGCUGCCACUUUCUGCAGGUGCGAGGCAGGAUGCCGUCCACCGGUGAGUGGACAGGGACUCUGGGCAGAAGUGGUCCAAUGGGUGAAAUCCCCUGUAGACGAAUGCGGAGUGGAAGUUAUGUGAAGGCCAUGGCAGACCUGGAGGAUAGUGACGAUUCUGACGGGAGUCCCAAACCCUCACCCAAAAGCGCAGCGCGGAGGCAGAGCUACUUACGCGCAACACAGCAAUCACUAAGUGACCAGUUCCCCUCAAGAAACCGUCUGCUGGAUUACUCCAUGCUGCAGGGGGAUCUGGAAGCUCUCUGGUCUCCCCUUCACAGCAUCAGCACCCUGCAGCAGAUCGGACGCUCGGUCAGCUGUCUUCCGUCUCUGCGAGAGUUUUCUGGGAACCGCAGUCUGGAUAACCUGGACUGCAUUGGAGGAGGAUCUCCGUUCCCUAACUGGGAUGAUGAUGACUUCAGUCAGGGCUGCAGUACACUGGGCCGCGGCAGCUGCAUCAGUCAGAUGCGAGACAUGGAGAUGAGCCAGCAUUAUGCAGAUGAGCUGGAAGACAUUCAUCCUCACUCCCGAUGCUCGGAUCCGCCUGACGUCCCCAUGCCAACAUGCUUCCGCUCCCGUAGCCAUAGUUACCUUCGUGCCAUCCAAGCAGGAUGUUCCCAAGACGACGACACGGCGUCAAUGGACUCUGAUUCACCGCCUCCCACAACCACAACAACUGUCCGCACCUACAGCAACAGCACCGUCUCCACAUGUAUGACCACCUGUAAGAAGAUCGCUCCUCCUCCAGUUCCUCCCAGAACCACAUCCAAACCGUUCAUCUCUGUGACGGUGCAGAGCAGCACAGAGUCUGCGCAGGACUGCUAUCCAGACCGCAAGAGUGACGGCAACAGCCAAUCAGGACGCAGCAACUCCUCUGACAGUCUGGACAGUACGCGAGCCAACAGUUUAGCCAAAGGGACGCGUCCGCAGAUCCCCGUAGCAGCUCCGCGAGAGCCGCAGAUCCCAGCGGCGGUGGUCAUUUCUCCAAACGCUCUCCGAGAAACACACAAUGAGCCGCUGAAAGGGGAAACACUCGCCGCGGACGAACCCCCGCUCGAACCCGUGCCCCGACGCAAACUCUCCUCCAUCGGGAUUCAAGUCGACUGUAUUCAGGAAAUCCAGGCUAAAGUGGAGACUCCUCCGCCGCUGGCCAGAUUCCAGUCUAUCGGGGUUCAAGUGGAGGACGGCUGGACUUUCAGCCGCUCCAGUAGUAUGGCCUCUCGGCAGGAGACGGACUCCGACACGCAGGAUCUCUCGCUGACGUCGCUCACGUUCCAGAGCGGCUCCAAAAGCGCCGAGCAGAAGGUGAUGGUGAGCUGCGGCAGUCAGGCGGUGGACUCUCCUCCGCCUCCACCUCCUCCUCAGGACAGCGACCCGCCGGUGAGCAGCAGCGGACCCUCACGCCAGAUCCUCACCCACCGCUCCACCACGCAGAGCAGCUCGUCUUCAUUCUCUGAGAGCCUGGAUCCGGCGCUGGACCCAUCAGCGCUGCCGCCGCCCGACCCCUGGCUGGAAAGCGGGAACGGGACUGGGAACGGCUGCUCCACGCAGACCCUGAGCUCCGGCACCGCCUGCAGACGGGACGGACACUGGUUCCUGAAGCUACUGCAGGCUGAGACGGGACGCAUGGAGGGCUGGUGCUGUCAGAUGGAGAAGGAGACCACAGAACACCAGCUCUCUGAGGAGGUGUUGGGGAAGGUGCGCAGUGCGGUGGGCAGCGCUCAGCUCCUCAUGAACCAGAAGUUCCAGCAGUUCAGAGGCCUGUGUGAACAAAACCUGAAUGUGAAUGCAAACCCGAGGCCCACAGCUCAAGAUCUGGCCGGUUUUUGGGAUCUCCUGCAGCUCUCGAUAGAAGAUAUCAGCCUCAAGUUUGAUGAACUUUAUCAUCUCAAAUCAAACGACUGGAAGCUCAAUGGACAAUCACCUGAGAAACAGGAGAACCAGAAACAGGCUCCUCCGGUGCCCAAGAAACCCGGAAAAAGCAAACCAACUCUAGGCCGCGAAAAAAGCACAGAGUCUGUGGACAAACAGAGACAGGAGGCUCGAAAAAGGCUGAUGGCGGCAAAAAGAGCGCAGUCUGUAAAGCAGAACUCAGCCACCGAGAGCGCAGACAGCAUCGAGAUCUACGUCCCUGAAGCCCAGACGCGACUCUGAGGAAAAAAAACAGAGACCGCCAACCACUGCUCAAGGGCUCCGGCAUCACACACACAUACUAAAACACACACAUGGAGGCUGCUUUUGUCUUCAGACGGCGACGUUUAAUAAAACAGGUGAGACGGAAACUGAACUGCCAAGGAAAACCUCACUUAUAGUUGCAAUCGCUAUUAUUGAUAUGAGAAUUAACUGAUGUUAUUAAUGAUUAUCAUCCUAAAUCCUAUAUCAGAUUGUUUUAAAUGUCUAAUAUUUUGGAUAAGAACUCUUGUAGAAACAAAACACGCGUCUUUCGGCCCACCGCUUGAGGCUGAAAUCAACGUCUUCCCAUUUUGGAUUAAUUUUUUCAUCCUUUAAAUUAUCUUCGGCUUUUCCUCCGGACACUCCAGUGUUUUUCAGAUCCAGCAGGUGGCGCUCUUCCGUUUCUCUUAUCGCUUUUGUGGAUGAAAGUGCAGUCAUGUCUCCAUCUCAGGUCCUGAAGUCGAGCUUUUCAAUCCCAGUGUUCCCUUUGCUCACGAACCAACCUGAUGUUUUAUCAAAUGAAGUGCCUGUCAAUCAUUAUUGUGGGUGAUUAUGAUAUGAGCCCUGUAGCAAUAUGGAAGAUGAUUAUAUCACAGUAUAUUCACUGCUUAGCUCUCCUUUGUGUCGCAUUUCGUCGUUCUGAUUCUCUCUCGAUCUGCACAGACACGUAGCUCAUAUCAUCGCUGGCUUUUUUUGUCCACUAGCUUUCAUUUUAAUUAGGAAUUUGGAUGAAUAAUGUCACAUUUCACUAGUUUUACUGAAAAACAAAUGUUUUGGCCAUUUAUUUAUAGGACAAUAGUGUUUUUGGGAGCAAAAACUUUUCUACUUUUAAUGCAUUAUUGUCAGAUCCUGACAAAAUUGGGAGUAAAGUGUAAGACAUUUAUUGGCAUCAAAGGUGUCAUCCGGGUUGCUUCAAAUGCUAAAAGUGUUUUAUAUAUAUAUAUUUCAUGAAGAUAAAACACACAGUUCUCCUGAAAAUGAACAUUCUGUCAUCAUUUACUUAUUUUAAACUUGAUGAUAUAUCUUUCCUCAAAGGAAGAUAUACUGAAGAAGGAAGGGAAACAAAAUGUUUCUAAUAUGGAUGUCAAUGGCUGCUUUUCCCCCCAAAUAUUCUUCAGAUUAUCUUGUUUUAAUUGUUAAUUAUUAAUAAUAUAUUUUAAAAUUGUUUUAUCUUGUUUAGAUGCACUUGAGUGUGAGCAAAUAAUGAGAAAAUGUUCAUUUUUGUGUGUGUCUGUCCCUUUAAUAUGUCAUAUUUAUACUUAUUCUGUUCUCAUCUGAUUUGAUCAACACACUUGUUUUUCUGUAGGACUACUAUUGGAAAGUUUGAGGUCUCUAAGAUUUGUUUUUGUCGUAUUUUUUUCACCCAGGUUGCAUUUAUUUGAUCUAAAUAAUGUAAUAUUAUAAAAUAACAUUAUUCCAAUCUGAAAUUUCUAUGUGAACAUAAUUUAAGAUGGAUAUAAUUCAACGUAGGUUCAUUGGAAAUACGUGCUUCAGCUUACAUGUUUGUUAAGGCAUAAGAAUGUAUUCAACAUACUACUUGCUGCAGUUUCUAGGUAAAAUGAACACUAGAGGGCUGUAUGACACAACAAGUUUCACAUUCAUACUAAUCAUAUUUAUAUUAUCCACAAAUAAAUGAAUAUUUUUGCACAACACCAAAUUAACACCACAGCGCCCUCUAGUGAAUUUGUCAUCUGAAACGUACAAUGAAACCUAUGUUAAGUAAUGUAUUUCAGAUUUGCAAUAAUGUAGACAGCGCCCUCUAGUGGAUUUGUCAUCUGAAAAAUAUUCCAAAACCUGUGUUUUAAGCUAUGUAUUUCUGAUUCGCAAUAAUGUAGACAGCACCAUCUAGUGUAUUUGUCAUCUACAACGUCCAACAAAGCCUAUGCUAAGUAAUGUAUUUCAGAUUUACAAUAAUGUAGAUAGCGCCCUCUAGUGUAUUUGUCAUUGUAAACGUGCAAUGAAAUUUAAAUGAAUUAAUCAUACUCAAGAAUGCUUCAAAAUAUACUUCAACUGAAGAAAUAUACUUCGAUAUUAAAAACGGCUUUAUAUUUUUGUCAGAAUUAUACAUUUUUCUAAAUUCUUUGAACACCAAAUUAACACCAAAGCGCUCUCUAGUGGAUUUGUCAUCUACAACGUCCAACAAAACCUAUGCUAAGUAAUGUAUUUCAGAUUUCCAAUAAUGUAGACAGCGCCCUCUAGUGGAUUUGUCAUCUAAAACGUCCAACAAAACCUAUGCUAAGUAAUGUAUUUCAGAUUUCCAAUAAUGUAGACAGCGCCCUCUAGUGGAUUUGUCAUCUAAAACGUCCAACAAAACCUAUGCUAAGUAAUGUAUUUCUGAUUUACAAUAAUGUAGACAGCGCCCUCUAGUGGAUUUGUCAUCUAAGACGUCCAACAAAACCUAUGCUAAGUAAUGUAUUUCAGAUUUGCAAUAAUGUAGACAGCGCCCUCUAGUGGAUUUGUCAUCUAAAACGUCCAACAAAACCUAUGCUAAGUAAUGUAUUUCAGAUUUCCAAUAAUGUAGACAGCGCCCUCUAGUGGAUUUGUCAUCUAAAACGUCCAACAAAACCUAUGCUAAGCAAUGUAUUUCAGAUUUACAAUAAUGUAGACAGCGCCCUCUAGCGGAUUUGUCAUUUUAAACAUGCAACGCAAUUGAAUUGAAUUAAUCUUAUUCAACAUUGCUUCAGAAUAUACUUGAGCUGAAGAAAUGCACUUAAGAAAUCAUUAAAUUAUGCUGAUUUCUAAUAAUGAUCAAUAUCAAAAACAGCUUCAUAUUUUUUGUCAGAAUUAUGCAUUUGUCUAAAUUCUUUGACGAAUAAAGUAACCCCAAAUUAACACCACAGCACCCCCUAUUGGAUUUGUCAUCUGAAACGUACAACAAAGUCUAUGCUAAGUAAUGUAUUUCAGAUUGGCAAUAAUGUAGACAGCGGCCUCUAGUGGAUUUGUCAUCUGAAACGUACAACAAAGUCUACGCUAAGUAAUGUAUUUCAGAUUGGCAAUAAUGUAGACAGCGCCCUCUAGUGGAUUUGUCAUCUACAACAUCCAACAAAACCUAUGCUAAGCAAUGUAUUUCAGAUUGGCAAUAAUGUAGACAGCGCCCUCUAGUGGAUUUGUUAUUUGAAAUGUGCAACGAAAUUUAAUUUAAUUUAAUCCUACUCAACAAUGCUUCAGAAUAUACUUCAGGUGAAGAAAUAUUCUUCAGAAAUGAUUACGAGAUGAUGAUUUCAGUUAUAAACUGCUUCAUAUUUUUGUCGUAAUUACAUUUUUCUAAAUUAUUUUUGAUGAACAGUGAGAACAGCAUUUAUUUGUUCCAGAAAUCAACAUUCAAAUGACUCUCACUUUUAAACAAUUAAAUGCAUCCAUGUUGAAAUAAGAGUCUCAACUUGAUUACAAAGCAUCAAAUCUUACUGACCUCAGACUCGUGAAGGAUUAUUGAAAUGGACUGUAUUGUUCUUAUCUUCUGGUGUGAAUUGCGCUUUUCAGUUUUCAGCGGUUCACUCAUUCUCAAGCCGUUGACGCCUGUAAAUGUCUGACAGUCUCAUAUUCAUCCGACAGCACUCAAAAACACAUCCACACACAUCAAGAACAAUGAGUCGGGAUUAUGAGCUUGAAUACCUGAAUGCUCAUAUCCUGUGUUUAGUAAACCAAAAUCAGGUUAGAUGGACUGUUAAUGCUUUAGCAGUUUUAUGAAACAAUCCCAAUUAAAUCAGCACAAAGAUACUACUAUGAUAGAAAGAAGAGAAGUACUGUAUAUUCUAUUGCAUUUAUACAAAGAAAGGAAACAGUUAAUGUAGAAAUUGACAUAAUGCACAAUUCUUUUGUGGAAAACAGACAGCGUUUGCUUCAAAAACCACUGACCGCUCUGAUGUGGCACCCAGGGCUUUGUGUUGGGCCUGUUUAUGUUCAUCUUGCUUGGAUAAAUUAGAUGAACUGUUUUCUUGGUGUUUAAUAAAUUGAUAGUUUUAAGAACACUUGAAUUAACAUGUAAAAAUAAUGGACCUUGUAAAAACACUCAAAAGUAAACAUUGAGAUACAUUACAGUAAAGCAAACUCAACAGACUUUCACCUAUUUACUGUGUUGCAUUGCAGUAAUUAAGAUACAAAUUGUAUUAAAAAAAUACAGAGUAAUGUGAAUCAGAUAUGAAACACGAGAUGAAAAAACUUAAGUUACAGUAAAACACGUGGAAAAUAAUCUCUCAAGAACACAACUGUAGAUUUAUUUGUAGAAAACAGACAGCGUUUGCUUCAAAAACCACUGAACGCUCUGAUGCGACACCCAGGGCUUUGUGUCGGGUGCUUUUAUAUUCAUGCUGCUUAGAGAAACUAGAUAAAUGGUUUUCUUGGUGUUUAAUAAAUUUAUGAUUUAAAAAAAAUACAUAAAUGAAAAUAAAAACCAAUAAUGAACCUUAAACUCUCAAAACAUUCAGUAAAGCAAACUCAAAAGAAUUCUCUUUAAGUAAUCUGAAAUCCAGCUUAAAGAAAGGGAUUUCAAUGCAUUGUGGAGUAAAAAUGAAUAGCUUAUUUAUUUGACUAAAUAAAAUAGACAUUUGUGUAACUUUCGAUCAGGGAUGUGAAAUUAAAUUCAAUUUAAUAGACAUUCGUUAUCCAGACUAAAGUAAAUCAUAAGUCGUCAUGUCCACUUGUUUGAAUAUUGCUCCAGUUUUGGUUAUUUCAGUCCUUUAUUUAUGUUCUUAUUUGUAUUGUAUUGCAGUCAUUUUCUUGGAGAAACGAAUUGUUUAAAGAAAAUAUUGAAUAAUGAGAAUAAAAUAUGUCAAACGAGACCAAAAAUAUUAAAUUAGUGUACAACUGGUGGAAAAUAAACUCUCAAGCACUACAUAUAUUUUUGUUUGCUUCAAAAAACACUCUGAUACAGCACGACUUUAAUGUUCAUGCUGCUUUAGUAAACUAGAUCAGCUGUUUUCUUGGUAUUUAAUAAAUUUGUAGUUUUAAAAAACACAUGAUUAAUAAUGUAAAAAAUAACGGAACUUAUGAAAACACUCAAAUGCAAACAUUCAGUAAAGCAAACUCAAAAUAAUGCUCUUUAAGUGAUCCAUAAUCAGUCUCAAAAUAAGGAAUUUCACAUUGCUAUUUUGUUUGACUAGAUAAAACUGGCCUUUGUGUAACUUUUGAUCAGGGAUGUGAAAUUACAUACAAUAUAAUAGACAUUCGAUAUCCAGACUAAAGUAAAUCAUAAGUCGUCAUGUCCACUUGUUUGAAUAUUGCUCCAGUUUUGGUUAUUUCAGUCCUUUAUUUAUGUUCUAAUUUGUAUUGCAUUGCAGUAAUUUUCUUGGAGAAACGAAUUGUUCAAAGAAAAUAUUGAAUAAUGAGCAUCAAAUAUGUCAAACGAGACCAAAAAUAUGUAAUUAGAGUAAAACUGAUGUAAAAUAAUCUCUCAAACACAUAAACACAACCACAUAUAUUUUUGUUUGCUUCAAAAAACACUCUGAUACAGCACGACUUUAAUGUUCAUGCUGCUCUGGUAAACUAGAUCAGCUGUUUUCUUGGUAUUUAAUAAGUUUGUAGUUUUGAAAAACACAUGAUUAAUAAUGUAAAAAAUAACGGAACUUAUGAAAACACUCAAAUGCAAACAUUCAGUAAAGCAAACUGAACAUAAUUCUCUUUAAGUCAUCUUAAAUCAGUCUCAAAAUAAGGAAUUUCACAUUGCAAAUAAAUAAUAGCUUAUUUUGUUUGACUAGAUAAAUCAGGCCUUUGUGUAACUUUAGAUCAGGGAUGUGAAAUUACAUUCGGUUUAACACAUUCGAUAUCCAGACUAAAGUAAAUCAUAAGUCGUCAUGUCCACUUGUUUGAAUAUUGCUCCAGUUUUGGUUAUUUCAGUCCUUUAUUUAUGUACUUAUUUGUAUUGUAUUGCAGUCAUUUUCCUGG